GUGACUGCGUCUGAGAAUCUUAUUACCGCUCUCAACAGAAUACACACGGAAACGAUUUGGCGCCAUUUGUGGCUUUAUGCCAAUGAUUUACGAGUUCGUGACGUCAACAGCAGAAGCCAAUGAUAUGUAGCUGCAGCUUUAGCCGUUAGAGCUCGCUACGAUCGUGUUUAUGCUCAACCAGCUGUGUGCUAAGUAAUGGCUCGCAGUGUAACAUGGCGCUUCUUGGCUUUUGCUUCGAAAAGGAAGUUUGUCUCGUGUGUGUACUUUCAGUUCUCAAUGCGUACAUUGUUUUUUGUAGACAAACAAAAGAAGCCACCACUAGGUCAAUGAAAUUUAGCAGUGAGAUCUCAUUGUCUAGCAGUGAGAGGCCUGUAAAUAAAACAGCUAAUCCUUUACGAACUACUACUACUCUUCACCUAGAAGGAGUUGACCUCCGUUCUAAUUCGUUUUUAGCUUUUACUAGUGAAGAAGGUGCUAUAGGUAGUUUAUGUAACGAGAGUUAUUUUCAAGUGAGAGAUAUUCCUAUCACGAGCAUAGACGGGUCUUCGGCAGAAUUUGAAUUAAACGCAUCAGUGCUUGCAGAACUCAGUACCUCAUGGCAUCUCUGUAUUCGUCAACAAACCCCAAACAACGGUAAAUGGACACAUGUUGGUAAAUACAAGAGAUACCCAUCUUCAAGUUUUGAAAAGACGAGCGGGAAUGGGUAUGAAAAUGACAUAAGUGGCACUAAAGUCUUCGGAUUGCGAGCAGAAGGCGACCGGGUAUAUAUAACUGAAGAAGGAUAUACGAAAAUUCCGGCUAAUGUAAAUAUAACAGUUCGUAUGUUUGGAAUUCAUUUUUCGGAACAUACGGAGUUAGCUUUCACUGGUAGCGGUCAACCCGCUGGCAGCCGGUGUGACAAUCUACCUAUAGCAAAAAUUGUUAAAGUCACGAAAGAAAGUGUGCUAUCCGAAAAUGUAAUAGAAGUUGAACUUGCGCUUCCUUUACUAGAAGAUAGUGAAAGCUAUUAUAUUUGUGUAAAAGAAACGUACGAAAAUGGUGAAGCUGUAAGGUGGGUUCACCAAGGCGAUGAUCCAUGGCUUAAAAUGGAACCUGUUGGAAGACUUUUACCUAUGUGGAUCCAGAUUUGUGUGAUAUGCUCCUUGUUAGUUUUAUCUGGGCUUUUCAGUGGUCUAAAUCUUGGUCUCAUGGCGUUAGAUCGGACUGAACUGCAAGUCAUUGAAAACUGUGGAACGGAAACUGAGAAGAAAUAUGCUCGCGUUAUAUCUCCUUUACGAAAAAGGGGAAAUUAUCUGUUGUGCUCUCUUCUUCUGGGAAAUGUUUUAGUGAAUAGUACCCUCACUAUUCUUUUAGAUGAUCUUACUUCAGGUAUCAUAGCCAUCGUAGGAUCGACUAUUAGCAUUGUUGUCUUUGGAGAAAUUAUACCUCAAGCAAUCUGUUCCCGUCAUGGUUUGGCAAUUGGUGCUAAAACGGUAUGGGUCACGAAAUUUUUUAUGCUGGCAACGUUUCCUUUGUCGUUCCCCAUUAGCAAGAUUUUAGACUGCGUGCUUGGGGAAGAGAUAGGAAACGUUUAUGACCGUGAGAGAUUGAUGGAGUUCAUUCGUGUCACUAAAGACUAUAAUAAGCUAGAAAACGAAGAAGUAAACAUAAUAUCCGGUGCUUUGGAAUUAAAAAAGAAAACUGUGGCCGAUGUAAUGACUCAGAUUGAUGAUGUAUUUAUGAUUCCAUACAAUGCGAUACUCAACUUCGAAACUAUGUCUGAGAUAAUGAAACAAGGGUAUUCGCGUAUACCAGUCUACGAAGGAGAUCGCAAUAAUAUAGUAGCCUUGUUAAACAUUAAAGAUUUAGCCUUUGUGGAUCCAGAUGAUAAUUCCCCUCUAAAAACUUUAUGCGAGUUUUACAAUCAUCCGAUUAAUUAUGUGUUUGAAGAUGAGACUUUGGAUGUUAUGCUGAAUGAGUUUAAAAAAGGACGGUCCCAUAUGGCAUUCGUGCGUCAUGUCAAUAAUGAAGGUGAUGGAGAUCCAUUUUAUGAAAUAAUUGGCGUUGUCACCCUUGAAGACGUUAUUGAAGAAAUUCUGCAGUCUGAAAUUAUUGACGAAACAGAUGUAUUGACUGAUAAUCGAAAGAAACAGCGAAGAAAAGAAGCUCAAGUUAAACAGGACUUUUCAGAUUUUGCUAAACUUGGAGGAGGGCAGCAAGGAACUAAUAUAAUAUCUCCUCAACUUGCAUUAGCCACAUAUCAGUUUCUAUCUACAUCUGUAGAACCCUUUCGAAAUAUUUACCUCUCCGAGACAGUUUUAAAGAGGCUAAUGACCCAAAAUAUAUUUUUCAAGUCAAAACAGUGUAAAGAUGGUUAUAAUGCUCCUGCUAACAUAUUAUAUCAAGCUGGUAAACCAGCUGAUUAUUUUAUACUCAUCUUAGAAGGCCGUUGUCGUGUGACCGUGUGUAAGGAAAACCUUGUAUUUGAGACAGGUCCUUUCAGCUAUUUUGGAAUACCAGCUAUCACUGUUUCUGCAAAUUCAGGUGAGACAUCUUCUCAGCAUCAUUUGCAAAGUCUAACAAGUAUAACAACUAAUUCUGAUACUUCUGUCUCCAAGACAUUCAUUCCAGAUUACACUGUUGUAGCUAUUACUGAAACACUUUAUAUGAAAAUCCACUGGGCAGUAUAUCUUGCUGCAUAUCGAGCAACUCUUAUGGAAAGACAUCACAGGUUGGAUCCUGAUAAUGAAGAGAUAUUUAAUAACAACUGGGAGCAGGAUUUUCAGUUUUCUUCUUCGGGAUCUCUUAAUCAUUUACAACCCGAUCUUUCUUCUGUGAAUGUUAGUCCAGUAUUAAAUAAUAAAAAAAAUAAUCCGAGUCCCAUUACAAACCGAAUUCCGACUGUGACUUCUACUAGUGAGGUUGUUAAACGCCGUGCUAGUGUUGAAGUAGGUUGCAUAAGUCGAUAUCCAGAUGCAAUAAUUAGUGAUGGAAAUUCAAAAGCUCAGAAAGGCAAAGAAGCUUUAAAAACUAGCAUUUUUUCAAAUCCUGCAGAAAUCCCCUUGAUUGAUAUGCCACACAGCUUGAACAGUGUAGCUGAAGAUGAAAAUAAUCAUGAAAGCUGUGAUUCUGUUGAAAUAGUUGUUGGCAAAAAACUGAAAGAUGGUAUAAAUGGGAAGAAAAAAUCUUCAGUCAAUAGUACUGCUGAACAGACUAAUGAAAGAACAAGACUGCUUUAUCCUUCUGAAGCAUGAUGCUGAAAAGUGAGUGUUUUCUGUAAAUAAUGAAACAUAUUCAAUGCAUCUGUGUCCGUAGAAAUCUAAAUGAUAUUGUAAAAGAAUUUUGAUAUAUUUAUCUUUUUUUUUUUUUUUUUUUUUUUAAGUUUUUCUAUUUUUAUUCAUUUCAUAAGUAAAUAUUUCAUGUUAUCUGUGGAAAGUUCAAACUUUGUCAGAGAAUUUUAAGCUUUACAGAUAUUCUUGUUGAACCUACAUAGUUCUCUUAACAUUUUAUUUUUGUAUCAAUAUGCUUAUUCGAGUAUACACAUAGUAUUAUCUUAGUUGAAUGAUUCAAGAGUUACAUACUUUUAAACAUUAAUAUUAAAGAUGCAUAUUAACAUUGUUAAUUUCAGAUGAACAUAUUAUAAAUGUGGUAGCUUGUUCACAGAUUUUGCAAAAAAUGUUAGUUAUUAUGAUGGUAUUUCAAAAAUAAAAUUAUGAUGUCCUGUUAAAAUGUCAUAUUUUAGUAUAAUUAUUUAUAUGAGAGACUAAAAGUAGAAAAUUUGAUUAACUGUAGUCAUGCAUGUUGUAAUAUAUGUAUAUAGGUUUUUCUUUGACAGUUUAAACUGUAUCCAAUGUCUAUGAUAUUAUUCUGAUGUAUAGUUUAAACCCUUUGAAAACAGCUGCCAUUUAGGCACUUAAAGGGUUAGUGCAGUUGAAACUAGUAAACUUAAAAGUUUCCACUCAUGAUGUAAUAUGAAUCUGUUCUGUUGAACAUUUAUGUGAAUAUUUUUUGUUAUGUAUCUUCACCCUGCAUUUAAACGAUGCACAAAAACGCCUUCUGGAGUUCAUGUAUAUAGUUAAAAUUUUUAAAUUAUGACUUUUUCCCAAAGAGAGAUAUGUUUCAUAUUUUACUCACAAGAACUUUUCCCCUUCAAAUUAAAUACUUUUAGUUUCAAAGAUAAUUUUUUCAUUAAAUUCCAAAUUUGUUUUCAAAAUAUUGUAACUACUGAAGUGGAUAAUGCAUAUUUCACGAACAGUACCUAUGCAAUCUUAUUCUGUAUAAAGAGCCUAAUGUAAAGAAAAUGGUGUAUAAAUAUACUCUAUUUUUUCCUUUUUUCUUUCUA